UAUAUUCUAUGGAUAAUAAUUAUUGUUCAACUUGACAAAACAGAAAUAUUAGAUAUAUAUAAAUAAUUAACAAUCUCUUUGGAGUGAAGAGUGGUUGACGCGUAAAGGGAAUCUGUGAUAAUUAUGAUUUAAUAGAUAGAUCUUAUAUCAUUUAAUUUAGUAAUGUGCUAAGAAUUGUUUAAAACUAAUUUACAAAGUAUUAUAACGUAUUGUUUUAUUCAAGGUUUGAUAAUAAUUGAAUAAAGAAAAAGAAUAAGGAUUUCGGUUAAAAGUAUUGGAUUGGAUUAUAUAACCGAAAGUUAAAUAUCAAAUAAUAGUUUGGUCUUUAAAUACAAAUUAUAUUGCUGUCUUAAUAUUAUAAAACAAAAUACACGUUCACGGUAAACCACCAACGGCUAACGUUUACUUGACUUAACCAUAGACAAAUAGCUUUUCGUAUAAGUAUACUGUAAUCUGUAUAGCCAUACUGUUUAUAUAAUAAAAAUACUGGGUGUAUUCAUAUCUUCAAAACUUAGGUUAUGUUUUGUUAUUUUGUUGUUAUGAUCACAAACCUGUUGUUAACGCGUUUGUUUAUUUGUUGAAUGCUUUAUAAUUUGUGUCAAAGCUUAAAAAGGUCAUGUAAAAUGACUACAUAUGAAGAAUUAACGGCCGAUAAGAAAGUAAGAGUCGCGCUUCACAGAGACGUCAACAAGAUAUGUACAGACACAUGCCACUACAACGGUUUCUCUAUAAACUCAGGACCAAUGGCCAUAGUAGCAGGACUUGUUUAUAAGAAAUUGAUAACAUAUGGAUUAGAUUUGGAGGCGUUUGCUAAACACGCAUCACGCUCCACAAUAACCACAGACGAUGUUAAACUUCUAGUGAGACGGAACCCAUCACUGCUGAAACUCGUCCGUUCGAAAUCCAAAAUCGCCCAAGUACAGAAGCGACGAAUUUCAACGCCGAAUUCGAAAUUGGAAUCUAAACAAAAGAAGCCAAAAGUAAAUCAAAUGGAAAUAGAAAGAAAUUAUAAUCCGAGCUUACCUUCGACGUCUAACGGCUGAAAUAAUUCACGUAGUGCUUAAGUGUUAUUAUUACUUGUCUUAAAAUAUGUUUGAUAUAAUCUGAAUAAAAUAUUUUUUAUUUUUGUCUA